AUCUCUCUCUUUUUUAAUAUUAUAAAUACUUAUCAUGGAUAGUGUAUUAGUUUGGGAUGAACAUAAAGUGAACAAGUGGAUUUCUUCUAUUGGAUAUUCUUGUUUUGAAGCACAGUUUAGAGAACAAGGGAUUACUGGGGAUGUAUUAGUCAACCUUGAUCAUGAUACUCUUAAGGAUUUAUCAGUUCAUUCGGUUGGGCAACGUAUGGAUAUCCUUAAAAACAUAUACCAUUUGAAAACUUCUCAAAGAUUACCAGUUAAUGAAUGGGACUAUAUUCCACCAAGUGUAAUUUAUGAAAAUGAUUAUCUUGGACCAAAUGGUGUGGCCGAUUAUCGAAAAAUUGAAGCUGCUUUCCAGGAACGAGAUAUCCAUUUGAAGAAAUUAACUGAAGAUCUUGUACGUAUAUCUGGUGAUAUGAAUAGAAUGCGGGAAGAUAUGAUACAACUUUGGAAAUAUGCUAAAGAUAAGAAGCCAUUACCAUUAUUCGAUAAUGAUAGAUCACCACCAACAACAACAGCAACAACAACAACAAAAAAUUAUGGAUAUGGUAUCAACAACACAUUGAAACCACUUCAUAUGCUUACACCUCCAACUACUUCUCACACUUCUGAUUACUUUUAUGGGACUUAUCAAGAUACUACUCCUACUAAAAGGAAUGUUGAUAUGACAUUGGCGAUGGAUGAUACCAAACUUGCCCCUAAUGUGACAAUUAACGAUGGUGGUGCAAUCAAGGUUUAUGGGGAAAAGAUAUCAAACAGCAGCAAAGUGGAAUUGGAAGCAUCGAAAAAUGUACGACUUUUAUUAGAUGAUCCUUGUUCCAAGGUGAUUACUUCAGCAUUGAAAAAAUACAAUGUAGUGGAUGAUUGGCGACAAUAUGCAUUAUGGAUUCAGUAUGGCACGCAUGAGAAUACUCAAGAACGACUAUUAGGUUAUGAUGAAAAACCACUCCGGAUAUCUCAAAAAAUGAAGGAAGCCAAAUUGAAUCCAGUAUAUGUUUUGAAACAUGUCAAGGACAACAAACCUUUUAUACCAGAUAUGCAAAAACAACAAGAAAAUAGUGGAUCAAAUAGUCCAUUUGGUGGUUAUCGUUCAGUACAGAAAUCAUCUUAUGACAACAACAACAACAACGAUAAUAACAAUAAUAAUAAUAAUAAUCAUUACAACCAAUGGAAACACUUGAACGAUAAAUCUGAUCAACAUCCAAAAACGGCAAUUACUUCGGGGCGUGUGGGAUAUGAUAUUGUUGCACCUGUCAUGUCAUCUUCAGUUUCAAGUCCUACUCCUUCCACCUUUCCUCAACGUAGUGGUGGCAAUAACAAUCAUUCAACAAAUAAAUCCAACAACAACAAUGAUGAUAAUAAUAAUAAUAAUAACAAUAAAGAUGAUAACGAUAACCGGAACAACAAUAAUAAUGUAGCGGCGUUGAAUCAAAAACCACCUGAUCAAUUCCUCAGUGACCUUGGAUUGGAAAGCGGCGUUGCUAGUGCUAUUUACUCGAUUAUGAUGGAGCAACAACAAGAUUCAAAACCCAUGUAGUUUAGAAUAGAAAGAAAAAAAAAUUUUUUUUUUAUCUCACGUUUACAAAAUCAAUAAAGAAUUGGAUGAUAUGUUUCUCAUUUUUUAGUACUCGGA